UGAGUGUGUAUGCAUUUUCAAGGCGGUCUUUCUGUUGCAAGAAAAAAAAAAAAAAACAGUAGUCUAACAGGAAAACGAAUAGGUCGAGCCACUGAUGAAGGCAUGCAAAUGCAAUUUAGUGACGGAAACUGACGUUUGAGAUCUUCAUGUGUUAGCGGAGGCUUGUGUGAUAGGAAUGCAUUUAAUUUUAGUUCGAGAUAGGUGGAAUCACCUCAGCGGUGUGUGAAAGAGGGAGAGAGAGAGAGAGGCGAGGGAACAAGAGGGGAGGGGGCGGGGGUGUAUGGACCUCACUGGUUACGGGACCUACAGGCACCCCGAUUGUGCUCUGCUCUCAUCAUUUUUGGAGGUGAGGACAAAAGAAAAAAGGGGGAAUCGGAAGAAAGGCCCGGGAUCUGAGUGUCGUGACGGGCCCCCCGACUUCGCCGCCGCUGGUCGGGGUUGUCUGGAACUCAAAAGGGUGAGGGAAAAGCGGCGGAGCAGUCGACUCUAGACUGGGGUUUCCUGCCACAGCAGCGGGAUUGUCACAAAACAGCCUUUCACUCUUCGAGGGGCCUUGUAUUGCUACGUUUUCAGAGUUGUGAAGGCUUCUGGUCAGCAACUCCUGGAAAAUGAACUUAUCCGCAUGGAAAUACUGAGGAGAAACAGAAAAACGGAGCUUGAAUUGACUGAACUUAAGUGGAAUAAAUGGAUUACCCUCCUUGUGGAAAAAUUGUUGCCAUGGAACUAGGUAGAAUUAAAUGAUGGUUGAGAGAGAAAAACAAAGGUAAGGCAGCUACAUGCUGAAGACACAGGAGAGCACCAAGAAGAAUCUGAACACAGAGUCAAGGAAAGAACGAACAAUAAACGGGGACCAAAGACCUCUUCAGUCCAAAUGAAUGCAUGCAGUAGCAAAAAAAACAAAGUAAAAAGAAAAUAGUAUUUGAAAGGGAAUGACCAAGAAACAGAACAACUCACAAAAUAUUACACUCUGCAUCCACCAGUUGAUGAGACUAUCAAUGGAGUGUUUGUCUUUGGGAGUGUUUAGUGAGGGUCUGUGCUCAGACCUGUUGAUUCUGUUACUGCAGGUUUUUUCUCACACAGGUGUGAGUCAGGUCAUACAUGUUGGCGAGCUGAAGGAUUGCUGUGACAGGACACAGUCUCAAUGGUUGUAUUGAGAUUUUUUGUUUUUGUUUUUUUUUUGGUACAGGAUGCUGUUGGAUCAUAACUCAAUUUAAUCCUAACGUAGCUCUGCUUGCUUGAGCCGUUACUAUAGUGGAGUGUAUAACACGUAAAGACAUUUGAGGUUGAACAUCUUGCGCGGUGGUGUGUCAGUUGUCCGUGAUAUCAUUGCCUGCACAGUGCCGAACCACUUCAGCUUCGUGGGAAUGACUGCACACUUUUAAUCUAGCAUUUUUCUGCAGUACAAACCUGCUUCAUCAAAUAUUUCUUUUUUUUUUCUUUAAAAAAAUUCCAUUUUUUAAGACCCAGUGAUUAAGUGAACCUUUUUUUUUUUUCUUUUCUUUUCUUUUCUUUUUUUUUUACUGAACACAACCAUCACAUUGAAGAGGAAAAGCUUUUUACCAUUUGGCCUUUUUAUAUAUUGAUAAAAAUCCUUGUUUGUUCGACCUCCCUAAAACUUUCUGCUAGAAAAAGCAUCUGCGGUAUAUAUUCCUUCUGCUUCAGCUCUUUGGUGGAUUUCAAAAGCAUCUCCUUGUUUUACUGCCAGGCCAUAGACUCUCUUUGUCAUUUAUGGUUACUGCCAUAAGCCUUCCAGUUUAUGAUCAGAAACAUUCCCUGACAUAGACUCUGACAGAUAUUUCCGUUUUUGAUCCAAACUUGGAAACAAAAAAACAAACAAAAAAAAAAAAAAGGAAACAAUGCAGAAUUUUUCUAACAGUCCGGCUCCCACCUCUCUCCCCCAUGGGUUCAGUGGGAGAGGUGGAGGGGGGCCACCGUAUCCCCCUCAGCCAGCAGAUCCCCAGAUCUCCCCAAGGAUGACGGAUGAUUACGCAGGGAUGCAACAACAGAGCCUGCACAGAGGCCAUCACCACCCAACUCAAGCCAGCCACAUGCUCGCUUACAGCGCUAGAAACAGAGGAGCUGUGGAGCCACCACCAACACAGGGUAACAUUCACAGUGGCAACAGUAACAACCCUUACAGGAAGGACGCCAUGGAUUAUUAUUUUUCAAUGGGUGGGAAGGACAGGCACAGAAGGGGAGGUAUAGGUUACGGGGCAGGCUUUGGGUACCCUAAUAUUGAUGGACAUUUACCUCACCAGUACAGGCAUGCUGGAUCUGGCUCUGCUCCAUCAUCUGGCCUCAUGUCACCAUAUCCAGUAGACUAUGGCUCCAGUGCUGGUUCAGGUGGAGGUGCUGGUGCCGGAGCGUUCUCUCCUACUCACCAGUACAAUAUGAGUCAGAACCCUGCAUUGCAGACAGUGCCAGGUUCUCAGUUGCAGCACCGCCAGCAUGGGCAGACCUUCCCAGCUGUCCACCAUGGACAGCAGCAUAGGAGCUAUCCACACUCUGGGCACAGAAUGACCCCACAGUACCCACACUACUCCCCACAGGGUGGAGCGUCCACGGGGUCAUCAGGAAUGUACAGCCCCCCUCCGCAGAGAUAUCUCGACGGGGCUGCUAGCACUGGGUUUGAUCCCAAAGUCAACAGUUCUCCCAGUGUCAACUCCAGUUCAAACUCAGUCUCCAGUUCAGUUGCUGCUAACAAUGUGGGGCCAAUGGAGAAUGUUCAACAGAGUUACCAUGCUUCAAAUUAUCCUGGAUAUUCCCCACAGACGCUUUCUCUUCACAAGCAGGCCACACUACAGCACCGCAACUCACAGCACAAUUUAGGGGUAGGUUAUGACAACUCUCUCAAGAUGCAGCACCAGGGCCCGUCUCCAGGGUCUGUAUAUGCUAAACAUCAUCAAACCUCUAAUCCCAGUAUACCUCAAGCAGCAUCUCAAGAAAUAGCCAAAUCCCCAAUGCAUCCCAAUGCUCAGCAAACCCAAAUCAACCAAAACUUUAGCCCCAUAUCCAACCCCUCUCCAGCUGCCUCAGCAGUGCAUUCCCCCAGCUGUAGUUCCUCUCCUUCUCCUUUGAUGGGUGUCUCAGAGGCACAUGGAAACCCCUCAGGUCAUGGUCCUUCGCAUCCUCCUACAUCAAACCCCCGUAGCAGCCAUGGUCAUGGCAGAUUACUGCAGACUAUGCCUCAGUUAAGUCCCACACCCAACUCAAAUAGCAGCAUCAGUAGUUGUGGUAGCAGUGGCAGUCAUAAAGCUCACAGCAUGAGUUCAGCUGGAGGGAGCAGUCUCCCUCCAACAGGCCGCAACAAAAUGGGUCUAAGCGCAGGGAUCGGAUCCCGAGAGGAAGGCUCCUCUGUUUAUUCAUCGUCUCCACUUGAUAAAAUGCAGGAUGCAGGCCUGAAUAGUCUUAAUGCCUUGAGCUCACAAGUAGCCAAUUUACCAAACACAGUUCAGCACAUGCUCCUCACUGACACAGUGCUUUCACAGAAGAAGAAAGAUGGCGGGCAGAUGCAACAGGCAACACACAGCGUGCCCCCGUCACAGCCAAGGAGUCGAAAUGCAAGCGCCGCCUCAAGUACUAGCACAGUCAAAGAUGGAAGUGCAUUGGGGAGUGGUGAUGGCGCCAGCUUAGACGCUGGUGCUGAUGAGGACUCCUCAGUGAUGUCAGUUGGAGGCUCAUCAGGGACCAAGGUGGAGCGCGAGGAACAGUUUUCUGAGGGGGAACACGGGAGGGUGAGACAGAUGAGCGGUGCAAGCAGUGGAUCUGAAACAACUGGCUAUCACCCUCCACCUCCGACUCAAAACCAACCACAGACUGGACAAGCAUCAAAUAUCAAAACCAUCAGCUCAGAUUCACCGUCAAAAGAACCGAGUGUUUCCGAAGCAAAAGCAAAUGAAGCUAACGCUCCUUCGUCAUCAUCUCCAUCCUUUGGAUGUCAGUCAUCAGACACUGGCGCAGUUUCACAUUCAACACCUCCAGUUUCCUCAUCCCCCUCGUCCACCUCCUCCAGUAUUCCUCCUCCCCAGCCGAACUGCGUCUCAGAGCCCGGUUUAACAUACAAUGACAACAGGGGUGGCCACAGGAAGACGGCAGAAAUUAAAAAUGAAGUAAUCAAAAAUGAAAGUGAAGGCGCAGUUGAGAAAACGGAGAAAGGCGGAAGCCAAAUGCAGCGAGAUGGAGAAGUCAAUACACAAAAUGGUCAGGACAAAGAAAAUAGGUUGCAAACUGCAUCCAGAUUACACAGUAACCAGAGGGAAGAAAAGCACACAUCUGAGGAACAGCAAAGUGCCAGCAGUGUUGGUGUGAUUGUUUCAGCUCGAUCUGAGGGAGGUCACACUGAAAAAAGCAAGCACCCCCAAGACAACUGUAUUGAAGAGAAACAGUCGCACUCUUACUUAAGAGAUUCCAGCAGUCACAAUGGGGAGGAAGGAGUAGAUCUGACUUUAUAUUCCUCCCAUCACCAGAAAUCUAACUUUGGACGGCCUCAAAAUCCUCCCCAGUCUGGUCCUCAUAAAUAUGGCUACCCAGAAUCAACAUAUGGCUCAGAUUUGUCAAUAAAGAAGAGAGGGAGGGCUGGCGCUGCGAGUGUAAUGGAAUCAAAUUCCAGAUACUUAGGAUACCAACCAUCACAAGCUGGUUAUGGCCCCGUGCAUCCAAAAGAUGGUGGUUCUGUAGCAGAGGGCUUGGUGAAGAGAGGGCAAGGAGCAGGAGGGAAAGUUCAUGAGGAUAAUUCACAAAUGCAGCAAUUUCCCAGCCUUUUACAAGAGGUUCUUCAAGGUUACAAUUUAGAUAGACGUUAUGGCAGACCAGAGCAGGCAUUUCCUGCCCAUCUCCAAGUUCAACAACAGUUUCAAACUAGACUCCCGUAUGGCAUGGCUGAUAAUAUGAGAAUCCAGAGUGGAGGAACUGAGGCUUCGGCUCUUUCUGCUCAAGUGGGCAGCUCUGGAAAGCCCUCACAUCCAAACCUGAGGCAUGGAGGGGAGCCUGAUUUCACCACGGAUCCUCAGUCCUCUGUGAAGUCAGAAGUGUCCAAUGCUAAGAGUUUGCAAAACGCUGAAAAACCGGAAGUGGGUGUGUCUCAGAGUCAUGCACCACAAGCUACAGAGUCUCAGCAACCCCCACCCAAACAUAUAAACUUAGCUGACUAUUCUCUGCCACAGAGAAAAGUGUUUUCUAAUGUGUCCACUCCAUCCUCUGCUGUGCAGGAGCUCCUUUUGCAAGAGCCAGAGCCCCUAACAGGCAGCAUUGGUCAAACUGAGUCUCAAAAAUCAUCAGGCUCCAUAUUAGCCCCAUCAGAGCGGCGCUCUGUCAUCUGUGAUGUGUCGCCAAACCGACGCAGCACACCAGAGAGGGACAGGGAAAGUGACAGAGAGAGGGAGCGGGAGAAAAGUCAGAGUGGAGCCUCUGUGAUUCAACAGCCAUUUUCCUCUCCAGCAGCCGCCAACGAUCUGAGUAAAAAGGAUACGGGAGAGAAACAAGUGGUGAAAAUGGAAACGGCAUCAAAAGAGGCUGGCCCAGACGCCGUAAAUUUACAAACUGAUCAUCACGGGAGUGGCGGAGCUAAUGAGGCAGAUAUAGAGUAUCAUCCCAAGUCUGUUCAUUCAUCUGUUGUAAUGAAUGCUGACCCCUACAGGCGAGGUAAUGUAGAUAUUUCCCCCUUGUCUUCUCACCCUAUGAGCUCUAAUCCUCUAUCUUCACCCUCAAGGCAUCCGUCCUAUCUUCAUGGUGUUGAUUUAUCUACUGGCAGCAGCAGCAGCUUUCCUGGAUAUCGAUAUGGAGAUACAAGAGAAGGAAAUAUAAUGCCACGCAGCAACCCGCAUUUCCCCCCCCACCAUCCGUACCACAGCUUAUCCCCCCAGGCUCAAACCUCGAAUAAGCUUCAAAUGUAUCCUCACCCUCGCGGCCUCCCUCAUCACCCGCACGACAUGAGUGACUGGGUAAAAGCGUUGAACAGGCCGUCAAAGGAGAUGAUGAUGCAGCCCGGUUCGUCUCCAGGAAGACAUAAGGUCGGCCAAUCGGAGCAGAGGCAGAGGAUGAUCUCCCAGACUGACAUGCCAGGUGAACAGCACGCAACCAAACCUUCACUCCAUCAUCAAAGCGCUUAUUUCGACAUGAAAAUGUGGGAGGCGGCGCACCCUGGAAGAGAAGGCCCGAGAAUGAUAGAGGGAGACUCCUACUACAGGACACAGCCGCCUCCUCCGCCGCCGCCUCCUCCUCCUCCACCUCCUCCAGCUCCAGUGGCUUCACUCGGACCCGCUCCUCCGCUCCUGACUCAUGGCCAAAACGCUGCUGAACCCGAGGUGUCCCGAGGAACCGCAGAGGAAACCAAGCAUCCCGGCCCACCUCCUCCAUCCAGCUCCGCUAAGCCUCCUGCUGACAUGAACUCCACUCUGCCACAGGUGCAGCGUCAGACUAAAGCCGGGGGUUCUGGAGACACAAAUCCACUAAUAUUGAGAAGGAGAGUUCGUUCUUUUAUCUCUCCUAUUCCUGCCAAAAGGCAACUCCAGGAUGCGUCUCAGCAGAGGGCUGCCACAAAUUCACAUCACUCUCCUGGGGCCCAGUCUGAGUCUAGCCAUCACAAUGAAGAUGACUCAUCCAGUUCAGAUAUCCCAUGUCCCAGGCUCUCCUCCCCUCUGCCCGGAGAGAAUACCUAUUCACAACCUUUAUCUCCAUCAAGCGGUAAUGCCAAGGUUUUGACUCCCAGGAAAGGACGAGGUUUGAAACUAGAGGCAAUAGUGCAGAAAAUCACACCAAAUAUUAAAAAGCCAGCAGGCCAUGGUGAUGAUGAGUCAAAUCAUUACCCAGGCUUCUCUCAUUCAGAAAUACCAACGUUUAAUGAUUCACAGGACCAAGACUUAGCACAUUUCCCGAGGGUUGCAGGAGGGGAUGAUAGCUACAUGGAUGAAAGUCACUCAUUAAACGACAUGAUUCCCUUCAGAGGCGUUGAUGAGACUGGGCCUUUACCUCCGUCUGCUUAUCCAUGUGAUCCUCAUCAGACGUCCCAGGCCCUCAAACAACAAGACUUUGACUUUGGAUUAGUGGCCGCUGUGGCAUCGGUAUCCGAUGACAAGGAGGACUUUGCUUUGCUCGGACCUUUACCCCCACCUCCGCCUCUUCCACGCCCAGUCCAGGGUUCCCCACCUCCAUCCUCAUCUGCCCUGUCAGACAUUCAACAUUUCACCAACACUUACCAGCAGCUUGAGACGAGAAGAGGAGAGCAGUCUGCUGCCACCCUUCUGCGACAGAAACUUCAAGAAUCUGGCAUGGGAUUUGAUGAUUAUCCUGGCAGUGACUACUAUGGAACCACCUCGCCACACCACGGCCAGGCUCAAGGACACAUGCUGAACAGACAUCAGAUGUCCUCUGGGAGGUCCAGUCUGUCACCACAAGAUUCUAAGCCUCCGGAGAGUGUUGUGCCUAAAGGCUAUUUCCCAUCUGGCAAGAAGAAGGGCAGGCCUGUAGGGAGCGUGAAUAAACAAAAACGGGCCCAGAACCAAGCCCAAACACAGGCGCAGGCCCAACCUCAAGUCCAGACACAGAACACAACUCUGAGUGCUCCUCCAGCCCCACCCACUCCAGCUACAGCUACAGCUACAGCUACAGCUACAGCUACAGCUACAGCUGCUGCUGCUGCUGCUCCAACUCCACCCGCAGUGCAGACUACCAGCAGCACCCCCGCCCCUGCAGCACCCCCACUGUUGGACAAUAAAAUCACUCCCCCGCUGGCCCCACCUGUUUUAACCCAGGUAGUGAAAGUGGACGGUGAGAGUGAGGACACACAGCCAGAGACCGAGGUCAAACCUGUGCGACGGAGACGCAAAGGUGUGAAAGAUGAAGACGAGCCACUCGAAGCAAGGGGGCGACAGAGGAGGAGGAGGAGAGGGGCGGCGGCGGCGGCAGGGGCGGCGGCGGGGGUGGCCAAAGACGACCCAGAUACACCUUUAGGGGCAGGAGGAAGUCCUGGCGCAAACAAAGUAUUCUUGGAUCCAAAUAGAAAAGGCCUGUUUGUUCCACACAUACAUGUGGAAAAAAAAAUUCCUGAGAUAGGGGCGGUGUGCACCAUCGUAAAUGCUGAGGAGGACAAGAUGAAAGGGGAGCGUGGUGCAGUCGCAGGGAAAGCGGGCGGGAGUGGGAUUGAUUCUCUCCUGACCUCAGCUCUUCCCUCCCAGUUAUCGAGGAGAGACAGAGAGUCGGAGAAGAGGAAGACGGACGAGGUGGAGACUACACUUCAGUCAGGAAAAGCACUUCCUUCAUCUGGCUAUGUUGUUUCGGGACCCGUGAUUACAGAGACCAAUCACUCUGGCCGCCUGCUUUGCUGCCUGUGUCAGAAAUGGGCAAAUUACAAACACCUCGGAGAUCUCUACGGGCCUUUCUAUCCAGCCGAAUACGCCGCGAAGCUCCCCAAGAACCAGCCCCAGGUCAGACAAUGUCAAGCAACGGCAACAGGAACAAACAAAACAGGACCAAAUUCAGACAUAAGCUCAAACGCUCUGAGCACAGUCCAAGACUCACAGACACAAGACGCUCAGUUUAUCAAGCCUUCGACCGAGAGUGACUUCGCCGUCAGCUUUGACUCAAACCCCACAUCUCUUAACACUCCAGUGAGAACCGCCUCCCCAGCUGCUGGAGAGGAUAUGAUGAUGAUGCAUGUGGCUGGCAAGCUGAGUAACACCGCCUCCUCUUCCUCCUCCUCCUCCUCCUCCUCCUCUUCCUCCUCCUCCUCUUCUUCCUCCUCCUCCUCCUCCACUACCACCACCACAACCACCACCACCACCACCAUCAUCAACAACAACAACAACAGCAAAUCAACAUCUCUAACCUGGGAUAUGAAUCUAGAUAUCCGACCUAUCCCUGAGCUUAAGCGAGAGCCAGACCUCGAGGUCGACCAGCAGCAGCAGCAGCAGCAGCAGCAGCAGCAGCAGCAGCAGCAGCAGCAACAGCAACAGCAGCAACAGCAGCAGCAGCAGCAGCAGGUGCAAAAACAGCUGCAGCCGCCAACGGAUGAAGCUCAACAACGACCUCAGCACAGAAAGCUGACCUCACAUCCCCGCUUUAAGAGGAGGCACAAAUCCAGUGAGGAUUCCCCCAGAAUGGUGCCUUCCAACAGUAAGGCGUCCCUGCCCUUCCAGCCCCCACCGCCGGCCUUGGACUCCCUGGGACCUUUGGCACAACUUGCCCAGCUGCCACAGAUGCCCAUGGACCCGGAGGAGCUGUGGGUCCACGAGGGUUGCAUAGUGUGGACCAGUGGAGUGUACCUUGUCAAUGGGAGGCUGUACGGCCUGCAGGAGGCACUAGAUGGCGCCAGAGAAACAAGCUGCUCGUACUGUGAGAUGGUCGGCUCAACGCUGGGCUGCUACAGUAAAGGCUGUACACUUCGCUAUCACUACCUGUGCGCUAUCGAAGCAGAUUGCUCUCUGAAUGAAGAUAACUUCUCGCUGCGGUGUCCGAAGCACAAGGUAAAGAAAGAGAGUUUACCCAGAGCAUCCGGCCAGCCAAGUCAGUGUACCUGGAGCAGUCAGAGAGAGGCUGAGAGAAACGGAGAGGAAGAAGAGACACAGGAGUCUGGGAGCUGUUAGUUUGGACAAUAGAAGACUGGGAAACCCGUUUGUGAAGCAGCCCCAAAUGUGAAAGGACAGGACUGGCAUCUGUGACAGAGAACAACAAAAGGGAAUGUACAAUUUCUCUACAGGAAUCAGCAUUAUUUACAUUUAAGACAAUGGGGAAAAGAAAACCUUUUUUUUUUCCUCGAGAGAAUUAUUGCUCUUUACUUAAAAGCAGAAAAAUAAAGAAAAAAAAAAAACAUGGACAUGCAACAUAGAGGAACAGAGCUACAAGAAAAAGACAAAAAAAAGACAAAAAAAAACAAACUACAAAGGUCGAAGUGGAAUAAAAAGAGAUGUCAAGACUGACGGAGGAACUUUUCUUUAAAGAACAAAAGAAACAAACUUCCUCCCUAGGCUUACUUUGAUUUUCCUUCAGACACCCUCAAAGUGUUAAACUCUUUGUUUAUCAUCAUCUUUAUUAUCAUUUACCUUUUUUUUUUUUUCCAGGUUUCUUUUGUUUGCUUUGAAGAGACAUAUUGGGAGCAAGCUGGGCGUCACACCCAGAAAAAGAGAAUGCGAGAAUGAUGUAUCCUCUCGCAAAGUAGUAUUUUACCUUAUGUUAUUAGGAUGGUCACAAUUAUUAUUUUAGUCCUCAUUAUUAUUUUGUAUCCUCAUUAGUAUUUACUCAUAAAAAAAGACAUGGAUGUGUCUCACUUUAUAUUCAGUCAACACAUGAAUUGGAUUUUUUUAUUUUUUUUUAUUUUUUUUUAUUUUAUUUUUUCCCCAUUCCUGGAGAGGGAGGAGCCAGAGUGGUGAUGUCUGGAAUGUCAGGGUCGAGUUUGCCACAAAGACAUUAUUGCCUUGGAGAACGGACAUCUGUUGCCUUUCAAAAGUCACGUGUAUGAGUGAGAAGUGUGUGUGUGUGAGAAACUGAAAAAUGCCGAUAUCUGGGUCUUUGAUUCCAUUUUGAUCCUUUUGAAAAGUGUUCUUAUUUUUCAUCACUGGGGUUUUUACGGUACAGAUAGUAUUCAUGAAAAAUCAGAUGGACAGUCUUAUUUUUCAAGUACAAAAUGUUUGUAAUGUGCAAAGAGAAGGAGAGAGCCUUGUAAGAGGAGGAGAUGACACUAUGGACUAAUGCGUGUCUGCCAUCUUUAACCGUGCUGACUGGAAAAAGAUGAAGGACAGGACUCUGAAGAGUUUUUCAUUGUUGUGGAACUGUGUACUGGGUGCACAAGUGUGUAUGUUCUACAUAGGAAGUUACGUUUGACUGACAGGUGUCGGUCCCUCGGACGGUGAUGAAACAUUUUUUGGAACUGAAAACCUUGGAGGAGGAGGUGUCAUACGAUGGGCUGUGAUUGGCCAACCGUACUGGCCAGUGGGGGGGUGGGAGUGGGGGGGGGUGGGGGGUGGGAGAGAAAAGCCGAACCAAGUGCUUUUGAAUGGCUUCAUUCUUAAGUGACACAGCAGCGAUUUGAUCGGGAGAUGCAAAAUCCAUUCAAAAGAAGCAUUGCCAUAAAAUUUAAAAGUGAGUCGUACAUGGUGUUGUCUUUAUCAUUUUUUAUUGUUAUUCUUGUAAAAAAAAAAAAAUCAAGCUGAGAAGACAGUUACACUAUCAAAACCAUGCUGUAUUAGAAACCUGUCAAUAUGUAUAUGAAUUAUGAAUACACUUAAGAAAUGCUUCAAG